GGAAAAAAAGAUUCCACGUCGUAGGAUCGAGAGCAGAUCACAGCCUUGGCAGCCAUGUCUCGGCCCCUCACCGACCAGGAGAAGCGUAAACAGAUCAGCAUUCGUGGCAUUGUUGGAGUGGAGAAUGUGGCCGAGCUGAAAAAGGGCUUUAACCGGCAUCUACAUUUUACCCUUGUUAAGGACCGCAAUGUAGCCACCCCUCGUGACUACUACUUUGCCCUGGCCCACACUGUACGGGAUCACCUGGUGGGCAGGUGGAUCCGCACCCAGCAGUACUACUAUGAAAAGGACCCCAAGAGAAUCUACUACCUUUCCUUGGAAUUUUACAUGGGCCGGACCUUGCAAAAUACCAUGAUCAACCUAGGACUACAGAAUGCCUGUGAUGAGGCAAUUUAUCAGGUAAAGAAAGAAAACUGCCAGUCAUGUCCUUCUGAAGGUGCAAGGGAUCCUCUCUCUGAUAAAUCACCUAUUCUGCAAUCUGUCUAGUUGAGAUAUAGAUAUGGUUGUUCCAGUUUUCACUAGAUUAUAGUCUAGCUGGAGGACAUGACGAAGUAAAAUUUUCUUGAGCACCCUGGAUCAACCAACACUCUCCCAAUGUAUUUGGUCUGCAUCUCCCUUAAUUCCCAGGCACCAAUAGAAGUAAUAUAGAUAGAAUAUAGAAAUUGUUAUAAGAACAGAAUAUAGGAUAAAAGUAAUAGGAAGCACUCACAUAUAGAUUUGCUAAGUUUCACAUC